AUGGUAUCGGCAGAACCAAGUGCUAGGGUGCGCACAUACAACCUAUGGAGAGUUGAUCGAGCAGGCUGGAAUAGAGGAUCUGCUUCCGAUUCCUAUCACCAUCGCCCCGUGUCGGGAAUAUCCAAAUAUAGAGCGGAGGCCAAUCGACCUGCCAAUGGAAACCGGGACGAUGCGGACUGUUCUUUUAAAUAUCACGACAAGAAGAAGGGUCAUUACUCUAGCCCAAGCACAGUCC